AAUGGCUGGCUGGCAUUCAUGCUGACUGAAGCAAGACAUGGGACCCUGCUGCUGGACUUUAGCUGAAUCCCCUGGAGGAAAGACAACGGCGGACCUGCCUUGUUGUGAUCCGACUCUUGAGAUGAUUUGGUUAAGAAGAACAGCCCUCAGCAGCAGCAGUCGACUCAACCCGCACUGAAAAGAAGGUGCCCCUCCCGUAUGGACGUGUGUAAACCCAACCCCAACCGUACGGCCCCAGUGAGUGAGGCUGGGCCCCGGCGGGACCUGCCUCUGUGCUCCAGGACCAACGGGUGGAGCUGGCCUCCACACCCCUUCCAGCUCCUGGCAUGGCUCCUCUACCUCUUCUUCGCUGUCACCGGGUUUGGAGUGUUUGUCCCCUUGCUUCCCUCCCAUUGGAUCCCUGCUGGCUACAUCUGCACGGGCAGCAUGUUUGUGUGUCACCUGUUCGUCCACCUGAUGGCGGUUUCCAUCGACCCCGCGGACUACAACGUCAGGGCCAAGAGCUACCACGGCCCCGUGCCCGUGUUCGACCGCACUAAACACGCCCACGUCAUCGAGAACUGCCACUGCUACCUCUGUGAAGUAGACGUGGGCCCCAAAUCCAAACACUGCAGUGCCUGUAACAAGUGUGUCGCUAGUUUUGACCAUCACUGCAGGUGGCUCAACAACUGUGUCGGGAGCCGGAAUUACUGGCUCUUCCUGAACAGUGUGAUCUCUGCUCUGCUGGGUAUAUGCCUGGUGGUGGUCAUCGCCAGUUACAUCUUCAUCGAGUUCUUCUUGGAUCCCUCAAAGCUGCGCACUGAUAAACACUUCCAAGUGAAGAAUGAGACGGUGGUGUGGUUUGUUUUCCUGCCUGUGGCUCCUGUCUCCACAGCAGGACCAGCCAUCCCUGCCCUGGCUGGCCUCACCAUCGCCCUGGGCCUGCUCUCUGGUCUGCUGCUGGGGCAUCUACUCUGCUUCCACUUCUACCUCAUGUGGAACCGUCUGAAUACCUAUGAGUACAUCGUCAGACAGAGGCAUCGCCAGGAGCCCAGAGACAUCAGUAAAGGAGUACAGGGGACCCAAGCAGCGCCUCCUAAAUCCACCCUCAUCAAGCAAGAUGUAAGCUACUCGGGGACUCUGGGCUAUACCAACCCUGAGAUGGAGGUGGAGGAUCCUACCACCAUGGCUGCAGCACGGGGGGGGCUAGAGUACUAUGGCAACGGCAGAGUUCAUAGUUCAUCCAGCAGGAUGGUUGAAGAGGAGCAGUUACCCACCGUCUCUACUGAGCACAGAGCUGCACCACGGAAACACAUCCAGAAGAGAAAGAAGAAAGUCCACAAAGUGCCAGCGGAGGUGAUCAACGACCGUUCCACUGAGACCAGCAGCAACAGAGACCCGGCCUUCAACACAACAGAACCUGUAGACUCCUGCCGUGUAACUCCAGUCCCCACGUCCGUGUCCCACCUGUCCAGCUCCCUGAGCCAGCACCUCUCCUUCCCCCUGCGGGCCUCCCAGCCCCCACUAUCUCCUACAUCCUGGUCUCAACCUGACCCCGUGCUGCCCGCCGGGCCCCCUGCUGAGUAUCACUCUGACUCUGCAGAGUCCCUGGAGGAGAUCCCCGUGGCGUUGGCACGACUGGGCACCUCCGCCGCGGCAGAAACGUCUACGGGUAGGACUGCAGCGUCUGGCGUCUUCUCAACGCUCUCUACUGCUGCCUGCAGCCCGACCCCAUCCUCGCCCCAGCCCCGGACCAAGAGGAAGUCCUCUGCACACAGCAGCAGGACAGGGGGAGGGGGGGAGCAGAGGUUUGAGAUGGCCGCCCAGCCUCCUACGGUCUACGUCAGUAGGAGUAGUGGACAGCCGGGGGGAGGAGCCCAGCACCGGGACAACAAACACAGCAGCAGACAGGCCAGUAGGAGAGGCCUGGAGCAGCCUGGUCCUGGGUCCAGCUCCAACCAUAGCUCCAGGGCAGGCACCCCAAUGGCGUAGACGAGCUCCCCCAGGAUGGACCACUGCAACCUGGGCCCCAGGAUGGACCACUGCACACUGGGCCCCAGGAUGGACCACUGCACCCUGGGCUGGAGGGCUGGCUAGCUGUCUGACUGACUAGCUCCCCCAGGAUGGACCACUGCACCCUGGGCUGGAGGGCUGGCUGGCUGGCUGUCUGACUGGUUGGCUGCCUGACUGGCUGACUAGCUGGCUGUAUAACUGGCUGGCUGGCUGACUGACUAGCUGGCUGUGUAACUGGCUGGCUGACUAGCUGGCUAGCUGGCUGGCUGGCUGGCUGGCUGAUUGUCUCUCUGACUGUUACAUUGUUACCUUGAUGACUAGGAUACACUGCUUUUGAUAGAGAGAAACAAUCCCUGGUGUAGCGUUGUGUCGAUACAACCUAUGAAACUAAAUAACUCAGCAGAACAGAAUGGACUGACUGUCUGACUGACUGACUGUCUGACUGACUGACUGACUGACUGACUGACUGACUAACUGACUGACUGACUGACUAACUGACUGACUGACUGUCUGUCUGACUAACUGACUGACUCU